AUGCUACCGUCGCCCGAAACGCACUCCGCCUCCGGGCCUUGCCAGGAGCAGAUCCGAGGCGCGCGGACCAACCCCGGGUACGGGAGCAGGAGCUGCUUUCGGUGCCCAGGGAACCAAGAAGAAACGGUGGCACCUGCGGCCCGGGUCUUCCUGGGGGUGGCGUGCGCGGCUCUCACUUCCACCUUGCUGAGUCUACUCUGCCUCACUGUGGGAGGCGCCCCGCGUGGCCUCGAGUCUGGUCACCUACCCCGCGCCGACCAGUGUGUCCCCGCAGGACCCGGAUCCGGGGCGCCUUCGUUGCGAACUGCCUGCCAGGAGCGCCUAGAGUGGCCGCUGCAUUUAGGACAAGGCGCCGUGGACGUGCGCGUCUCAAGAAGCCGAGUUCCCCACGAGGCCAAGCGCUAAGAAACGCCAGAAACGCGGCCAGGACUUCAGGGCCAACCGGGAAAGCGGCAGUCGCGGGCCCAGGAGCUCUGCAGACGC